AUGCUACUGAUACCUCUACGACUGCGCUCUAUCUGUCGUGCCUCUCCCACUGCUGUCCUUGCUAAUAUCUAUCUAGAAACCUUCGCCGCCGAUCCCUGGAAAGUCCUCAUCGCAACCAUUUUUCUUAACGUCACGCAUGGGACGCAAUCAAUCCCCAUCGUCCAUGCCUUGCUCGAUAUCUGGGACACGCCGGAGAAGAUGGCUCAAGCCUCUCCUGACGAGAUUUACCCUUGCAUCCGGCACCUCGGGCUCGGUCACUCGCGCUCCAUGCGCAUCGUCGACCUCUCGCGCGCUUGGAUCGCGCGACCGCCGUCUUUUGAUGACGAGCUCGCAGAUGCGCCGCUUGCCUCAAUAUCGACCAAUCUCAAGACGGACAAGUCCACCGACCCGAAGCACUACCCACUCACUCCCAUCUCCCACCUCCCCGGCGUUGGGCGUUACGCACUCGACUCCUUCCGCACGUUCUGCACCGGCGGGAGCGACGAGUGGAAGAGCGUGCGUCCGACGGAUAAGGAGCUGAUUAGGUUUUUGGCAUGGAAAUGGGCGUAUCACGAACACCGCCGAUGGCACCCAGAACGCGGACCGAUGGGCUACGCGGAUGCCUCGUACAUCGAGCGGCUGAUCACAAAUUUAGCCUUGACGACACCCGGGGGAUCCAAGUCGCCGCAGUGA